AAUUUCGAUUGGGGAGAAAAGAAGAAGGAUCUAAAACCCAUCUCUGAAACUCAAAAAAAAUCCCCAACUGCUUCUUCUUCUUCUUCUUCUUCUUCAUUAAGGGUUUCGAUUUCUCCCCAAAUUUGAAUUAGUCCUUCAUUUUUGGUGAAUUCCAAUCUGUACCCAUUGCAAUUGGAGCUCCGAUGGUCGUUGACUUUUCGGGCAACGGCGAUUCACGUCCCCGGCGACGGGAAAGAUCCGACCUUUAGGGUUAGGGUUUCUGAGUUCGACAAAAUUUUGGGGGUUUUUGUUGGUUUGGGUUGAUUUGGGGAUUUGAGGUGAUUUUGGAGCUGGGUUUUGAUUAUUGGGGUUUGAGCUGGCGGAAAGGUUGAGGCUUUUGGGGGUGGGGCUGUUAAUGGAGGCGGAUGGGAAGAAGGAGGAGGAAGAGCAAAAUGGAGGUGAGGAGGUGAGUUUGAGGAGUAGUGGGGAGUGUGGGAAGGCUGAGGAAAUGGCGAAUGGGGAUGAGGAUGGUGAGUCGAAUACAUUGUUGGCGCCAAGGAAAGGAGGGAUGUCGAGGAAGACGAAUAAGACGAGGAGGAAAGUGCAGUGGAAUGAUAGGAAUGGGAAUAAGCUUGUUGAGGUGUUAGAGUAUGAGCCGAGCGAUGUUAGUGACUCUGAUGACGAAGAUGUAGAUACUUGCAUAUGUUUGAUUAUGUAGAUAUCAUUCAGUAAAUCAAGUCCGGAUGUCUGCUGCAUAAAUCAACUAGGCAUUCUAUUCAAGCUGAUUUUGAUGAUUCUGUACAAGUUGGCUCCGUUUUAACUGUGUUAAGGAUGGACCAAAGUCCUGAAACCAAGACAAGGCAGUCUCCCAUGUUUUGCAGCAAGUCCAUAGUGCCAUUUUUUUAAGGUUACAUUGCACUGGGCCGUAUUACAGCAAGAAAUUCAAAUUGAAUUAGAGCCAUCUUCCGGGAAAGAAAACAGAUAGGGAUAAAAGCAAUACGGUGUCCAGAAUAUAUGUAUUAUACUAAAUACAGUUAAUGUAUGCUUUUGAUUUUUGUUUUUUUCUCUUCUCUUGUUUUUCUCUUUUGUUUCCUUCAAGCUUUACCGUGCAUAUUACAAGCUUUUAUGUAUGUAUUUUACAAUAACAGGUUACUUUGACAUCUUGUUCAGUUAAAG